GGGAGUCAACUCGUGACUAUACCCCAGGGCCAUCUCAGAUGCCGGUCCGGUAAUGGGUGACGAGAACAAAAGAGACCACACAUUAGCAACAUCAUAAUUCAAUGAAAAGCUUUCUAACAGCAUUUCGUCCUACGCUGCGCCAGGUCAACCCAAAGCUCUGUCCAAUAAUCGCGCCUCCAGACAACACCAAGCCUGAAGACGUUUGACAGACUCGUGUGUCCGUUUGCAUCGAGCAAUCAUUGUCCAAUGUCUGGGCAAACACCCGAGUCAGACCCCCCUCAACAACGUGGUCUCAAAAAUACCAUUACCGAUGGCUCAUUCUGGAGCAUCCCUGACUGGGAACUUCUUUCUCUGAUCAAGUCGGAAUUUCCGACUGAGCUGCAGCGGUUACACCGUGCAACCUUCGUUCGAGAUUCGGAUGCCCCUGGCCCCGCUGGUCCAUCGAUAUCUGAGUUCCUUUACGGACAUGAUUACCCAGAAGUGAACCGGACCCUACUAGGUAUCCUCGCUUUGCGAUGGCUGUGGAAUGACGAGCACGAUGUAUUCGUCGGCACACAAUCUCCACAAGUGAGGCUGACUCGCGAAUCCUUCGAUUGGCUGAGGAAAAUAUACACCACCGGUCUAAAGUCAGCAGAGGACGUUUAUACUUUGAUCACUUGUAUGAUCAUCAACGAUCUAGGUAAAGAUCCACAACUUGCUACCGACCAUGCAGACAAAAAUGGCGUCGACAUCUCGAAUGUCAAUCAUGAUAUGAUUCUCUACCAAGCAGUCGAGGCCGGGAUGAUCCAAGCUCUGGAUCGACUCAGCGAGCGUGACAAGCAAUAUGUUCUGUUGGGUAUGAAACUCGGAUCAAAUUUCAAUUUCGGCCAACUCGCUCAAGCAGAAAAUGUUCCAGCAUCGCUCACUGGACUAGUAGAGAUGCGUGGCCACGAUCGCGCAUUUGAACUACGGUUCAUGGAACAAGUCCUUGAUCUUGCUGGAGCUUCUGGUCACGAGGACUGGACCUGCGCGAAGAAGAUGAUCGAACCGGUGUUCCAAUCGUAUCGUAAUGUUUACGAUGUGGCUUAUGCAAUCAUCAACGGACACAGAAGCCUGCGAGAAGGGUACGAUAUCAUUCUCGUCCGGAGAGCAGAAUUGUUACAUCGACUAGGGUACCGACGUAACCUCGACGUCAAAAACCCUGCGGAUCGUGCGUUGAUGCGACUCUUUUGUCUGAGUAACUCGUCCAACGUGCAAGAUGCCGAGAUGUACUUCGAAGCGUUUACCUCUGGUAUACCAGAAGAAUCGAGACGGAUGCUGAUCUCAGGUCUUAAUCUGGAUGGUGUAGUGCAAUCGCCAGCCGUGCAGACGACCUAUCUUCCGGCGAUGCUGACAAAGGCUGUCAGGCACACCUUGAACGAGACCAAAGAAGAAAAGAACAGGGUCAUUAGCGCCAUGUUGCGCUACCUUGCGCGGUGCCAGAAAGUGAAUGAAUCGAGCCUCGACCAACUGCCGAAAGAAGUCACAGUCAUCGAAAGGGAUGUGAGAAGAAUAAUCCCCGUGCUGGACAGUGACGCAUUCAAAAACGAUCCUGAUGUAUUGGACCAGGAAGAGAUACCUAAUGACCAAGUUGCCAACAUGGCACCAGACAUUGACAGCAGCAAUUAAUGAGACAACACCAUCUAAUUGACGAACCUGAAUCACGAGUACUCAACUGGAAUCUAAAAGCACCAUCAUAAUCUAUCGGGGGAAUCACCAAUUUGUCAGAGAACAAGUCUCGUUGCAGUCAUCCCAAUAUCUUUAACGCCUUCUCUACAUGACAAAGCCAAAGCUCCAUUGAAACGCCGUGAUCAACCCAAUGAUGCUAUACUGGAGCGCCACAUUACAUCUUCGACUUGAGCACCACCGAACCUUUUGCUUUCUCCAUUUCCUUCUUCAAUCGGCCAGCCUCAUGCGCAAUCUGCCCGGCGCCCUGAUCUCGCCCCGGUACGCCAGGCGAAUCACUCUUCUUGGGGGCACUUCUAUACCCAUCUUCCACAUUCUCUUGGUUGAUGACGUCUCCUUGGGCAUCGCGUUGAAUUCCUAGCUCCAUCAAUUUGGCAAACACGCCUGCGAAGUCUCGGAAGAACAACUCCUUGUCCUCGGCAUAUUUAUACACCCAUUUUUUGAAGCUAGGAUCUUCCAGCAGAGCCAUAUCGGUAGGCAACAUCAUCAGAGUCUCCUCCUCCUGUUCCUCUGGAUCAAGAUCCUCGUCAACGUAAAUGAACUGCUCCAGUCCAUUCUCCAACUUCUUCUUUUUCCACUCAUGCGUCUUCAACAACUUGAAAUAUGUAUUCGAAAACCGAGUUGGGUUGUUGACCCAUUUACCCUCGAAACCGGAGCGCCCGCUGUGGCAUCUUCCGAGGUUAUGGGCUCCACUGAGGGCCACAAUCUCUCGAUCAUCGAAGCCCAUGCGGUAGAAGAUCCAACGAAGGUGGUCAGCGCCUUUGCUCCCAUCCGGUAGGCGCCCGCGUGGCGGCACUCGAGAGUCAUCGGUGAAAUCGGUCCGGCCACCUUGCCAGGAUAUUUCGGGGCCGCCCAUCUCACGUAUCGCAACGAUUGCUGCGAGUGUCCACAAAUCGGCGUAGGUGAUCCAAGGGAAAGACGCCUUGAUGGGUUCGAGAAAAGCCCGGGCAUACUGGAGGCCUGCGUUGGCUGGAUCGCCGCCUUCGGCUUCAUAGCGCAUGCCGGCGCCAUUGCUACCUCCCGUGUUCGUCUCGGCAUCAUACGUGCCCGCUGAAUGCCAGGCCAAGCGGACCAAGACAGGCCCAGCGCUGCCAUCGUCAUAGUCGGGCUGAUUGAGGAGAGCUUUUAUGGCUUCUUUUACGGGAGCGAGUCGAGACGCUGAAGGUGAGUUUGUGGGUAAGGUUUCUGAUGAUGAAGGUUGAGAUUCAGGAAAGGUGGACAUUUUGGAGGUCUGUGUGAGGAUUUAACGUUGACGCGGUCAGAAAAAGGUGCAGUCGCGAAGGCUGGGGGAGAGUGUGCGUGUUCGUCACUGGUGGCAAUUGAAGCAGAACCUCUCUAGAGUGGCUGAAGGGGAACUGAAUGAAUGUUGGAGAGUGAAAGAUCUGUGAGUCUAGUUUUGUUUGAUUGGGGGGCAACGCUGGAGAUGAGAUAAAGAGAGAUCUGAGAAGAAAGGAAACAAGAAGAGAGGCAAGCUCGGAUGAUAUGAUAUAUUUAAGGAGACACGUGAGAACGAAGCACGAGCAUGAGCAUGAAGGAACGAAAAAACGAAAUGCAACAGUCAUCGGAGAAAGAAACCUAUAACACGGGACACGCAAUAGAGAGGGUGAGCAUGCCUCUCGAGGGCCAAACUACUCGCAAGACAAGCCAAAGAACGAAAACAAACCUCGGCAAGUUGUCCUGUCCCUUGUUCGAUUCUGAGUCGAACGAAUGAUGGACUCUCAGAUAAGAGUCGAAAUACGCAUCAAAGGCCGAUUUUCCAAUGCUGAAUGUGGGUCGAGAGAUUUAAAAAAAAAAGAAAUUGUACGAGUAAGGACAGCGGUGUUUGGGGGCAAUUUUUUCUGGGUCUCUCCCUUUCUCGGCCUUUGCAAAGGAGAGGAGUGAAACAAGAAAACAUGUGCAGGGUCUGAAGGGCCGAUAAGGAGAAGGAAGGAGCCACCAAAAAUUGCAAGAGUUUAUGGGCCCGUCAAGGCGGCGAGGCUGAAAUAUGUCAUGACACUAUUGUGUACUGUGCGAGGACGAACAUACAAAUCAUGCAGUCAUGAACCAUGUCCGGAUAUCGGAAUCGGAGAUCAAGGCCGAGAAGUCUGCACAUACAGUACAGGAACUGUCAACGGGUAGAUACGGGAAAGGGUACCAAGGAUGCCCGGAGAGAUUUUUGUACUCUGUAUAUCAUGAGCCGAGGUACAAUUGUUGGACUGAUAAGAUAAGCAACGAGGGCAGAAACAAUUAGGCGACCUUUAU